UUUUCCGCCGCCGCCCCGGGGGCCGUGGCGCCGCCUGGCCCGGGCAUGCUGGGCCGGCCCCACCCGUCGCCGCCGCCUCCUCGCGCUGCCUUGGAGGGGAGUAAUGGAGGCUCCAUAUGAUGGCACCGAAGUGACUGUAGUAAUGGAGGAAAUAGAGGGUACCUACACCUAUGCAUCUCCAGUGCCAUCGAAGAAGAAAAAGAAAUACAGAAGUCCUGGAGACCAGGGGGAAAAGGCCAAAAAACCUAGAUCAGCUUACCUUCUCUACUACUAUGAUAUCUACUUGAAAGUACAACAGGAGCUUCCCCAUCUACCACAAUCUGAAAUCAACAAGAAGAUCAGUGAGAGCUGGAGGCUGCUCAGUGUAGCUGAAAAAAGCUACUACUUGGAGAAGGCCAAACUAGAGAAAGAAGGACUGGAUCCAAACUCCAAGAUGUCCACUCUGACUGCAGUAGUUCCAGACAUUCCAGGUUUCCGUAAAAUUCUUCCUCGCUCAGAUUACAUAAUUAUCCCCAAAACCACUCUCCAAGAGGACAGGAGCAGACAGCCCCUAGAACUGUGUGUGGCACAGGGCCAGACUGCAUCAGAAGGAAUAACAGCUUCUACCAACAUCACGGGUGUCUCCCAAGAUGCAGUACAAAACAUCCUUUCUGUAGACUCGAGCCAUGUUGGCAUUUCUGAGCAGUGCAUUGCCAUUGAAGGACUGGCAGAAGAGUCUGCCUCAUUUGGUCAGUCAGACACUAUAGAAGAAAUUGUUGCCUCAGAGAUUCUUUCUCAUUACGUCAGACCCAUAGCAGAUAAAGUGACUGGAGAUAUCCUCCUGGAUGAGGCUUCUGUGGAGAUGGGAGAGGGGCAGCCAUAUCAGACGACCAGUGUGGUAAUCGAAGAGACUCUGGUUAGCAGCUCCACAGACCUCUCCAAUGGGAGCAUUGCUGUGGCACGACCUCAGGUUUCAGACAGUCUCUCUGUGGUAACAGUGGUGACUGGGAGGGAUACGGAGGAGAGCAGCUCUUCCACGCCCCCCACACAAUAUAUUAUGCUGCCUUGGCCAGCUCAUUCUGUUAUGGAGAAUCCGACAUCAGUCAAACUGACAACGACCUAUACCCGUAGGGGGCAUGGCAAUUGCACCAAUCCUGGCUGUUCCUUCACUUACGUCACCAGGCACAAACCUCCAAAAUGCCCGACAUGUGGGAACUUCCUGGGAGGGAAGUGGAUCCCAAAGGAAAAGCAACCCAAAGGCAAAGCUGAGCCAAAUUCUGGUGUCUCUGUCAGAACACCAGCAGCUAAACGAAAUCAGCAGCCAGUAGUCACAGAUCAGACAGCUGCUCGAGAAAAUGCCUCCAGAGCUACUUUGGAAAGCUCUGAAGCUGUCAGCCAGCUCCUGAAUGCUGUGCCUAUUGGGGAACAGAUGCAAGAGACUGAGUGGGAGGAAGUGAUCAUCUCUGAGGCUCACAUCCUUGCAAACAAUGUGCAAGCUGAAGACAGAGGGAAUGCUGCUGCUGUGUCGUUGGCUCAGGAGAGCCAUGUGCAGGGGGAUGCUUCCUUAGAACAGGUGGAAAAAGACAGUGCGGGGCUGGGGCUUCAACCAUCCUCCGAGGUUACAAGUUCAGCUAACCCUGCAAAGAAGCCAGUGGGAGUUGAUGCUCCUGCUACUGUACACAAAGGACAAGAACUAAAGAUCAAGCCAAGACCCAAACCCUCCUUGCUUGCAGCAGCAAGACCCAUGAGAGCAAUCCUACCUGCCCCUGCCAGCCUGGGGAGGGAAGCCAGCACAGAGCCUCCCAGCACCAGACAGGCCUUUCCAAAUAAUGAUAAGCUUUCCCCUGUGAGAACCUCAGGCCUGAAGCCCAGUACACUGAAGCAGCUGGGUCAGCCUGUCCUCCAGGCAACUAGUGUUGAGGAGCGAAAGCUCCACAGUAGCCCAAUCAGUGGGUCAUCUCAGGUGAAAGUAGUGGAGGUUAAACCAGACUUAUUCCCUUCCUACAAGUAUAGCUGCACUGUGACUUUGGAUUUGGGACUAGCAACCUCACGUGGCAGAGGGAAGUGCAAGAACCCAUCCUGUAGUUAUGUAUACACGAACAGGCACAAGCCACGUAUCUGUCCCAGCUGCGGCUACAACCUUGCCAAGGACAGAGCUGAGAAAACAGUGAAAUCCCUGGAGGUGAACUCUGGUCCCCCUGAUGUGCUGAACACUAGUGAGCCCUUAACUCAGGCCCAGAAAGAGAUCCAGCGCCAGUCCACACUGCAGCUGCUGCGCAAGGUAAUGCAGAUCCCGGAGAACGAAUCAGAACUGGCUGAGGUCUUCACACUCAUCCAUGAACUCAACAGCUCGCGGCUCAUCCUGUCCAACGUGAGUGAGGAGACGGUCACCAUAGAACAGACCUCCUGGUCAAACUACUAUGAGUCUCCAUCUACGCAGUGCCUCCUCUGUAACAGCCCAUUAUUCAAAGGGGGACAGAAUUCCCUGGCUGGCCCUCAGGAGUGCUGGUUGCUGACUGUUAACCGGUUACAGGUGGUUACUGCUCAGGUCAAGGUGUGUUUGAAUCUGCAGUGCCUGGCCCUGCAUAGCUUCACUGAUAUCUACACAGGCCUCUUCAAUGUGGGCAACAAGCUGUUAGUGAGCCUGGACCUUCUGUUCACAAUCCGCAACCACAUUAAACUUGGAGAGGAUCCCAAAGUGGCAGUUAGCAGUAUCCUGGAGUCCGUGCAGGAGCAGACCGAAAAAACUCUGAGCCCUGAUGAGCUGAGUCAACUCCAGGAGUUGCUGUGCAAUGGCUAUUGGGCAUUUGAAUGCCUCACUGUCCGGGACUACAACGAUAUGAUCUGUGGAAUUUGUGGCAUUGCGCCCAAGGUGGAGAUAGCUCAGAGAAAUGAGGAAAAUGUCCUGGCGCUGAAAAACGUUGAGUUUACCUGGCCAGAAUUCUUAUCAUCUAGUGAGGUCAAUGUGGAAGACUUCUGGUCCACGAUGGAGACGGAAGUGAUAGAGCAGGUGGCGUUUCCUUCUAGCAUCCCGAUCACCAAGUUUGAUGCCUCUAUUGUUGCUCCUUUCUUCCCACCGCUGAUGAGAGGGGCGGUGGUUGUCAAUACUGAGAAGGACAAGAACCUUGAUGCCCAGCCAGUGCCAGGUAAUGCCAGUGCCUUGGUGAGGCUGCUUCAGGAUGAGACCUGCAAGCUGCAGCAGAUUGGCUCCUACGAUGAGGAGCAGCUGCGGGACUUUCUGACACAAUGUGGAGUGCCCUGGGAAGUAGCAGAUACAAAGGACCAGCUCUGUUACUCUCUACUGGCCCUCUAUGACUUUGUGCUAAAUGGGACAAGUGCCAAACAAGUCUCAGCCCAGCGCACGGGAGGCAAAAUCUACAAAGUGUGUCCACACCAGGUGGUGUGCGGCUCUAAGUACAUCGUGAGAGGGGAAAGUGCCCGGGACCAUGUGGACCUGCUAGUCUCCUCACGCCAUUGGCCUCCUGUCUACGUGGUUGAUAUGGCCUCUGCUGUAUCAUUGUGUGCGGACAUCUGCUGCCCUGACCUGACUUCCCAGAUGUGGGGAAAGAAUCAGGGAUGCUUCUCUGACCCCCUGGAGCCGCCAGUGUAUGUGUCCUGCCCAGAGCUGCUAGACAGGCACUACAGUGUGGAUAUGAACAUAACUGAGCACUCUGUCCAGCACCCAGUCACCAAGUCCGCAGCCCGCCGAGUUGUUCACGCUGAGGCAGAGGCGAAUGCCCAGAGCGACCCAGUGGCCCGGCACCAUUCUAUUUCCUUGUGUCAGGAGCUGGAGCCUUACAGUGCCAUCAUCGCCACCAUCAACGACAGCAAAACUAGCGACAUUCGCCAAAGGCCGAUCACGUUUGACAAUGCCACCCACUAUUACCUCUACAACCGCCUGAUGGACUUCCUCACCAGCAAGGAGAUUGUGAACCAGCAGAUCCAUGAGGUGGUGCAGAGCUGUCAGCCUGGCGAGGUGGUGAUCCGGGAUGCCCUGUACCGGUUGGGGGUAGCCCAGAUAAAAACAGAAAUGGAGGAGGGGGAAGAGGAACUCCAGGAGGAUGAUAAAGAGGCUGCUGAAUAAGCUGUUUUGAGCUUAGUUGGCUUAUCUCUUUCUAGCCGGGCAGGUAGGGGUGCUGGGGUGGCUUUGGCCAGCUCUUGGCAACUGUCAGGUUUAUUUGGGUUAGCUAAUUCUUUACACGGAGAAGCUGUGAUUACAGAAGGCUUUGACUGCUUACACUGACCAAAGAGAUGUGUGCUUCCUGAGGGCUGUCACUGCUGCCGUGAGCAUGAAUUUCCUUAACAUCCUUACAAAGAGGAUGGGAUUCCUUGCCAAGGUGAUUCUUGGCCCCAUCAGUGUGUGGAGCAAAGUGCUGCUCUUGCAGGAAAGGAAAGUAGCAGAAAACAACACAGGGCUCCCCCCAGACUGUUUUGAAUGAAUUAGCAGAAUACACUGACCCUCCCUGCUGUGGGAUCCUAUCUGGCCUCUGGCUGUGCUCUUAAACGGCACAUGCUGACCGGUCCUUUUAGUAGCUGGAAGCAGCCAGUAAUGUUCAGGUGGCCACCCAGGAGAUGCUGGUGUCCAAGACAGGUAUAUGCAGUUGUAAGGAGGUAAAUGGUGCCAUAUUGGUGUCCGGGGUCACUGGCAGUGCAGUGUAGCAGCUGUGUGGCUGCAGGAAUGAGUUUCUAGGACAGUGGAUCCCUAAACUUGAAUAAUGAAUUAUUUAGAAGCUGCAGUGCCUAGUGAGCAGACUUGGUGGAAGAAAGAGUUGACAGAAAAGGGUUGUCAUUGCUUUGACAAGCCAGGUGAUAGCAGGUUUUUUGAAGCUUGAGGUGUGCUGUGUAAGGCAAUGGUUCUUGAAGCAGGAGAGGCGCUUGAGUCCUGGGCACCUUACUGUUCGUUUGUGAGCUGUUGCAUCCUGUCUGUAAACUUCGGACAGUGCCGAUGAUGGCACUGUAAUCUGCAUACUAUCCCUAUGACGAAGCUUGAAUUGCAAUGAACAUCUGUGUCUCAGCAGCCAGAGGCCGUGAGCAUAAUGUAAACUCUUCAUGGGCCUCCCUGGUUUUACUAAUCAUUUUGCUUAGGCAGAGUAUGGUAGCGAGAGCUGCAUCCGCUUGUCUCUCUUGGCCCUGUGCAAAGUGUCAUAUCCCCAUCCUGCUUUCCACAAACUUGUAAAACCCAAGUGGGUCUCGUAUCCUCCACACUGCUUUGACUGUUCCUUUUGAGGAGCUUGGCUGAGACCCUUUUCCUUCCAGCAUAGUUAAGCAGCUACUUUAAAGCCCAUUUGUAAGCUACUUGCAUUGUCCUCUGACUCCCUUUGUGCUGGUCGUCCGUCUGGAUGUAGGCAUCUGCUCCAGACAGGGAGCUGGGAUGUCAGGGCAUUGGGAAACUAGGACAGAGUUUCUAUGAGAGGACACGGGAGGUUCAGAGAUGCAUAGUAUGAAAAUUCCCUUCUGUGAAGGGGAACCUACUGAGUACCGUACUGUAAAAGUAAAUGUAUUAAGUCUGAGCAAAUUCGGUAAUUAUGCUUUGGGGUUUUCCUGUUAAGAAUGUUAAUUUAUUAAAGACAUUAGUGACUUUUUCAGUCUGUGAUAAAGUUUAAUAAAUUAUCUCCAAUUUUUUUGAGUGAAACAG